UGGCUAGUGUCUUACAGGACGCUAGCGCCAGCGCGGGGAGAACUAGCCCAAAACGAGCGCAGGGCCGAAGGAUAUAGCCGCAUACGCUUACCGUGGGCUCAUCAAUAGCACACGUCCGGCUGCCGCCGCAGUAAGUGCAGCAGAGACACACAAAGCAGGAGUGCAGCAGAGUGCAGCACCAUCGCCGGGCCGCAGCGAUCGCAUCGAUCGCAGCGAUGGCGGAUGACAGCGAUGGGAACCUCGCCCACAACGACGAGGCCCAGCUGCAGCGGCUGCUGGACUCCAUGGGGCAGGAGAGCGCUGCAGCGCCGCGACCUACCAAAAAGAAGUCGAGCAAAGGCUCCGCGGAGGAGAGACCACAAAAAAAGAAGUCCAACAAAGGCGCCGUGAGCAAGUUCCGGAGCGAGCAGCAAAAGCAGAAACGGCGCGGCUCCAUCGACACCGGCGCGGCUCGCGAGCCGGCGCCGGCGGCGCGCAAGCAGGAAAAGAAGAAGCGCCGCCGCGAGCAACCACAACCACGACGCCCACCGCCGCCGCUCCCCUCCUCGGAGGCCGUCGACGCGGUUUUCGCGGAGAUGUCGCCGGCGGCGCGGCCCGCGCGGCCAAAGAAGCGCCAAAAGCCGCGCAAGGAGGCGUCCCCGGCGGACGUGUGCCGCGCGGCCGUCGACGCCUUCGUCGCCUGCCGCGCGGCGGCCAUGCGCGGCGAGGCGCGCCACGGCGCCGCGCUCGAGGCGGCCUUCGCCCGGGUCCAGGGCGGCCCGGAGGCGGCGGACGCGCGGCGCGCGGCGCGCGACGCUGUGAAACGGCUGCAUCGAGCCAAGCCGGGCCUCGAAAAGCGGGACGCGGCGGCGCUCGUGGACGCGCUGGGCGCCCUGGACGAGGCGUACCACCGGCUGCGGUACGCGCGGCGCGACGCCGUGCCGCCGCCGCAUGAGGUCUUCGAGAAGUUGUUGGGACGCGGGUCCGUCGUCGACGAGGCGGCCGACGCAUUAAUGGAGACGCUGCCGCCGGACCUGAGGAUUGGCGAGAGCGACGACCCGCUGCACCGGUUGUAUCGGCUGCGGUGGCGCGAGGGCGCCUGGCUCUUCGGGCCCGCGGCGCCGUGGCGGCUCGACGAGCGCCUCGAGCCGGGCGAACCGACGACGACCCCGAAACGCAACGACCCCGUCGCGAUGCCGACGGUGCACAAGUGGCGCGACGCCGCGCGGACGUGGGCCUGCCGCGAGUACGCCUACGCCGUGCCCUGUGAUGAAGCUCUGGACGCGCUCACAGCCCUCUCCCGCCCGGUCGUCGAGGCCGGCGCCGGCACGGGCUACUGGGCGAACGCGUUGCGGACGCGCGGCGUCGCCGUGACGGCGUACGACGUGCGGCCGCCGUCGGUAAUCGCCAACGCCUACCACGGCCGCCAGGCGGCGCACGUCCCGGACUUGCAGACGGGCGACGCCCUGCGCGCCGCGGAGGCCGCCGCGGCCGCCGGCGCGGCGCUCUUCGCGUGCUACGCGCCGCCCGAGGACGACGAGGACGAGGCCUUCCUGGGAAGGGCCGCGAGCCACUUCGCGGAGAGAGGAGGCGAUUGCCUGGCGCUCGUGGGCGAGUGGCGCGGCGACACGGCCGCGGCCGACGCCGCGUUUCUAAGGCGCUGGGAGCUGGUCACCCAAUGCCCCAUCCCGAACUGGGGCGACACGUCGGCGGCGCUGACGGUCUGGCGGCCCAGUGCGUCCUCGCAAAUGUGCGUCCUCGACGCGUGUUCGGCCUGCGGUGUAAAAAGGGGCCUGCGGCGGUGCCGCCUGACGUGCGACCUCGUCUACUGCUCGCGCGCGUGCGCCAUGGAUCAUGCGGCGCGGCGCGCGGCGUUGAUCGCGUUCAAGUUCGCCGAUCGGAGGCCGCCCGGCGCCAGCGACUUCGACGACCCGCUGCGCUUCGCGCCCGUUGUUGUUGGGGGCGGUGGCGCGCGGUCGAAGAAGAAAAAGAAGCGCCGCAAGAAGUGA